AAAGCUUCCCCGCUCCAUUACACGACAGCGCCGGGAGCUUCAGCCUCAUACACCCAGGCAGAAGCCCUAUACCCACGAGUGCCGCCCGUUGCGCCCACACAGCCAUGGCGGACCUCUCGCAAAGCGGCGAAUUGAACCAGCCCGUUCUCAACCUGACGCCCGAGGAGAAGCGCGUCUUCCAGUAUCUCUUCCAGCAAGCCGACACGGAGAAGCUGGGCGUCAUAACAGGCGAGAUUGCCGUCAAGUUCUUCGAGCGCACCAAGUUGGCACCAGCCGUCCUGGGUGAGAUAUGGCAGAUUGCAGACACAGAGAACCGCGGUCUCUUGACCAUGGCCGGCUUCUGCCAGGUCCUGCGUCUCAUCGGACACUACCAGGCUGGCCGCGAUCCCUCCCCAGAGCUGGCUUUCAGACCCGCGCCCCUGCCCAAGUUCGAGGGCUUGAACAUCCCAUCGGCAGCCCCUUCUGUUCCUGCACCUCCUAGCUUCUCCCCACAACCCACUGGUUCCAUACAACCUCAGAUGAGCGGCAACGGCCCCAUCCGAGUACCUCCGCUAGUACCUGCCAAGGCUGCUGAAUACGCAGGCCUGUUCGAGAAGUCUGGUGCCGUCAAUGGCGUGCUCUCUGGUGAAAAUGCAAAGGAGAUUUUCGAAAAAGCGCGGUUACCCAAUGAAGUCCUCGGCCGCAUCUGGAAUCUUUCCGACACCGAGCAGCGCGGCGCUCUCAAUGUGACCGAGUUCAUCAUCGCCAUGCACAUGCUGGCCUCGUACCGAACAGGCAACAUGAAGGCACUUCCGACUGCGCUACCCCCAGGCUUGUACGAAGCCGCCUCGCGACGAGGGCAACUCGCACCUCCCCCAGGACGUCCAGACCAAUCAAUGUCCAUUCCACGCCAGUUCAGCGGCCAGCAAAACGUGCCACGGCAAUCGAGUCCCCUUGGAAGGACGCCUUUUGGAGCACCAGCUCCACCACCUCAACCGACUGGCAGCGAUUGGCUGAUCAGCCCACAAGAGAAGGCUUCAUACGACAACCUCUUCAAGACCGUCGACACCAUGGGCCGUGGCUUCAUUACUGGAGACCAGGCAGUGCGCUUCUUCAGUGACUCCGGGCUACCCGAAGAUGUCCUUGCGGGAAUAUGGGACCUUGCAGACAUUAAUUCAGAGGGUCAACUAUCCAAGGACGAGUUCGCGGUCGCAAUGUAUCUGAUCCGUCAACAACGGAAAGGAGACCAGCUGCCAGCGACACUACCACCUAGUUUGAUUCCUCCAAGCCUACGGACCGCCGCCAACCAAGCAGUACCAGUCGCUGCGCCCCAACCUGCACCACCCGUUCCUCGUGCUGCCAAAUCAGCUGCAGAAGAUCUCUUUGGCCUUGACGCCUUCACAGCACCGGCUCCUGCUCCUCAGCAACCGCAGUCGACAGGUGGCUCUGCUACGUUCAGCAAACCCUUCGAGGCCGACCCAUUUGGAAGCAAGCCGACUUCGCCUACUUCACCUCACCCAUUCCAGCCUCAACCGAGGAACCCUGCCUCUACGUUCAAGCCCUUCAUGCCUAGCUCGUCGUUUGGUCAAACUCUUACCGCGCAUUCUACGGGACAAUCGGGUGCUUCUGGCCUGCCACAACACUCUACGCCAUCCGCAAUGGACGAUUUGUUGGGCGGAGAGGAUGUUGCUGAAAUUAACAAGAAACUAACGCAAGACUCAACCGACUUAGCCAAUAUGUCGAACCAGAUGACCACUCUGCGAAACCAGAUGCAGGAGGUUCAGAACAAGAAGACCGCAACCGAGGGCGAUCUGAACAGUGUCAAUACCCAGAAGCGCGACCUCGAGCUCCGCCUAUCGCAGUUCAAGACCCAGUAUGACCAGGAGGUCAAGGCUGUCAAGGCAUUGGAGGACCGACUGGCUAGCUCCCGUAACGAGACCCGGAAGUUGCAACAAGACCUUGCUAUGAUCGAGGGAUCCUACCAGGAUCUCCAGAACCAGCACCGACAAGUGGGAGGUCAACUUGAGGCUGACCAACGCGAGAACAACAACUUGAAGGAGCGUAUCCGUCAGCUCAACGCUGAGAUCGGACAGCUCCGACCUCAGCUUGACAAGAUGAGGAACGAUGCUCGCCAGCAGAAGGGUAUGGUGGCAAUCAACAAGAAGCAGCUUGCUACCAACGAGGGAGAACGCGACAAGAUUAAGAAUGAGAUGAGCGACUUGACCAAGUCUCAGGAGGAGGGCACUCGUAGUCCCCAAGCCCAGACACCCGCCGUUGUCAGCCCUGCGGCUUCCACGACCAGUCAAAGCACGAACCCGUUCUUCCGCAAGUCCCCACAGCCUGCUGAGAACACCAUGUCGCCGUCUGGCUUUGCCCGUGAAGGACCCCACAAAGACUUUGACAGCGUGUUCGGUAGCUUCGGCACACCCCAAAGCAGUGCACCUCCUGUGUCCUUCCGUCCCGAGAACCAGAGCCAAGGUCCUAGCUUCUCUGUCCCAUCCGGCCAGUCGGUACAAUCUUCGGAAGGACCUGGUGUUCCCACACCUUCUACAUCGCCUCCUCUGUCGUCUUACCAGGAGUCUCCGCGUGGUGCAGACCCACCAGCUCCUCCGGAGUCGCGCCAGUUCGGCUCUUCAUUCUUGCCUCUAAGAGAGGGUGGCCAACGAUCCGACUCUUUCAGCUCCUCUGUACGCGGGACUGCUCCUGCUAGCAGAUAUGGUGCCACUGGCAAUGAGACACCUACGAUCUCACAGGCCUCACCUGCUAGUACUCCUAUAGCUGAGAAGCCCGCCGUAGAGCGCUCUGAGACAAACAGGACCGAAACCGACAACUUCAACCCUUCCUUGUUCAACAGAAACUUCUCAGCCUCCCCUGUGGCCAGCGUCACCAGUGACACUCAGCGCUCAACCAGAGCUGAGGAUCGCAAGGACACCUUCACGAACUUCGGAGCACCCUCUGCUGGUGUUGGGCAAGACAUCCCUGGAGCCUUCCCUCGAGACGGCGCUACGCCUCUCCAGCAGAACCAGACUGGAGAGAGCAGUUUGAGUGGUCCAAACAGGAACAACAACCGUGCCGACCCCUUUGGCAGCACCUCCAAUGAACAGCCCCGUGGAGGUAAGGAUGAUUUCGACGCGGCUUUCGCUGGCUUCGGUCCUAACCGUCAGAACACUGCCACCGCAUCUACUACGAGCGCAACUGCGGACAACUCCAACAAGUUCAACAAGGAGUUCCCGCCGAUUGAGGAUCUUGCUCACGAUGAUGAUAGCGACAGCAACGAUGAGCGGGGCUUUGACGACAACUUUACAUCCGCGUCGCCCAAUCAGAAGCGUACUAGCACCGGACAAGAGCAGCGUCCUCAGCAACAGCAGCGACCGGGUACUGCGUCGAGCGAUGAGCUCUACAGAGCCCCACCACCGACUACUCGCCUGGACUCCAACAUUGGUGGCUUGCCCUCCCCUAGCGCGCAAAAAUCACCACCUACCUACGAGUCCAGUGUGAACCAAACCAGAAGUGGAUCGAACCAAUUCCCUCCCGAGUUCGGCGGCCUGCUGCCCUCUCGCGAAGACCCUACAUCGCCAAGCUCGCCUGAUACAGCGCAGGGCCCCGAGAAGUCGUACAAUCCCCCCGGUGGUCACGGAGCUGCUCUCUUUGGUGGCCCGUCCAAAUCUGCGACAACAUCGCCCCCUCCUCUAGACACUCCAUCGUCGACCGUACCAUCCGAUCAAUACCAUUCUGCUCUGUCGUACGGUGCCAAUGACAACAACAACAACAACAACAACAAGGGUCCCUCGCCGUCUACUAACGCGCCCCAACUUGGCAAGUCUGCCUUCAAUGAUGACUUCGACGCCGGAUUCGAUGACCUAGCGGAUGCCAAGGAAGACGACAGGGCUGAUGAGGACUUCAUGUUCUCUUCGCAGCACCGUGAAGGUCUUGACGAAUUCAACCCCGUGUUCGACUCACCAGCUGCCUCCAAGUCCAACACCAUGGCUUCGCAGCAGACCCCGACCGGCAAGCCGCGCGGCGAUGACAGCUUCAGCGACUUCGAGCACUUGUCGCAGACUUUUGGAGGACAACCUCAGCAGCCUCAGCCCGCUGCCUCUUCUCAGGACUGGGACGCCAUCUUCUCCAACCUCGAGUCGUCACAGACCGACAAGGGCUCGCACUCACAGCAAGCAUCCACUGACUUUGGCAAGUCUGUCUUUGACACCCUCGACAAUGAAGAGGCGGCCGCUUCUUCAUCCAAAUCGCAUCAACUGUCUCCUCAGAUGCCAUCGCUUGGCCGUGCAAUCAGCACUGGAACCGAGCAUGACGACCCCAUUCUCAAGAAGCUGACCGGCAUGGGCUAUGAUCGCAACGAUGCCUUGUCUGCGCUCGAGAAGUACGACUACGACAUCAACAAGGCCGCUGACCACCUGGCCUCUGGCGGAAACUAAAUAUCUUUGUCGCUGUCAUCCAGAUCAACCGUUCACGUACCACGGAUCGCUCUUUUGUAUGAGUAAAUAUGUUUAGCAUGGCUUGUCACACAAACUUCAUACCCUUGAGCGUUUACUCUCUCAUUUUCCACCACCGCUGCGACGCACGCCCUUUCCUUUGUUCCGUUACUUUUCUUGUACUAAGCUUACACCUUGAGACGGCGGCUUUGGUCAGUCUUCGUGCUGGCUAGUAGUAGUGUGGAUUUGGUCUGAGCGAUGCUUUGCGCAUAAUGUUCGUAACUAAUCUAAUUGUUUGCUUGUGAUGAUCAACUU